AUGACCGUGCAAAAGGAGUUCUUUCCGUCCGCACGCACCUCCGUUCAGUACGCCUCGUACGUUUCCGAAUCAUUCACGGUCACCUCCGUCGACCUACGCCAUUCCCAGCCGUACACCACGCCCUCGUUCCCGUUCUCUAGCCAUCCUAUUUAUGGCGGUCUUCCUUCAUCAUCUACCCCUUCCUCUGGAUCGCCGUUCGACGUUUCCCGUCGGCAGCCUGCGCAUGUACCAACAUCAAGACGCGAACUCGCAAUCAUCGAUGACACUCACAAGAGGCGCGCAAGAAAACAUCCGUCCUUUGGAGUGCUGCGCAGGAUUCUUUGGGCCAUCGCUCUCGCCCUGGCCGAUUAUAUCGCGCAUGGCACCGUCUACGCCUUGCUUUCCGGCGCUGCGGCUCUAGUGUGCACCUCUGCAGGCUACAUCUUCCUCAUGUCGCGUGAGCCAUACAAAAGCUCAAAUCGGGAGACGAUCCUCUGCGUGAGCAGCAUCGGCGGUGCCGCAAUAGGCUUCGCGAUCUUCACCUUCUGCUGGGGCUUGACUCAGGUGGAACGGCGCUGGAUGCGGAGGCACGACCCGGCGGAUGGUGUCGAACAUAGACUCGGUGAAGCCAUCAUGCCGCUCGGGUUGCUCUGCGGCGUCGCCGUCGGCGGGCUGUUGGGAGCGUAUGCGGGCGCGUGCUUUCUGGGAAGCGGACUGGACGGGGGGCUGAAUGAGGCACAUGCGUUCAGACUCGGCGCCGCCGGGUUCAUGACGGUACUGGAAGGACUCGUGUUGCUCGUCUUCGUGGAGCUAUACGCACGACGCGCACUGGGACUGAGCGAUGAAUCGGGCGAAGAACGCAAGUACCUGAAUCUCUCUCGAAGUCACCCAAAAGUCAUUUGUCAAAUCUGGCAGCCCAGAAUUUGGAAAUGA